AUGCAGCUGUCUCAGGGAGAGGCCGACCAGUUGAAGAACUGGGUCGUGAAGAAGCUGGAGGACAUCUCUGAUGCGGACUCUGAUGUUCUAGCUGAUUAUGUACUCGCCCUCAUCAAAAGUGAUUCGGCAGAUGAUACAAUCAGGACAAACUGCAUCCAAAAUCUGGAGGACUUCCUCCGCGAACACACAACUCCCUUUGUCGAUGAACUCCUAGCCAAAUUUGGCCCGAAGCCAGUUGCUCCAUCACAGGCCCAGCAAGCUGCCCCAGACCUCCCUUCAGCCAUUCCUUCGGCUAUCCCUACGUCCCACUCGCAACACCCAUUCAAUGCCCCCUCAGGCCCGAAGGCCGACUUUGGCAGUCGCAAGCGGUCGUUUCACGAGGGAUUCCAGGGUGAGCAGGAGCGUGAUGACGGGAAUCUUCAGAACCGUGCCUUCAAAACUCCGCGACGAGGCCGCGGUGGCGGUCGUGGGGACUGGAUGGGCCGAGGAGGACAUAUACAAGGUCCCCAGCAAUUUUCACAAGGCCAGCCUGCUGGUUUGCCCAUGAUGCCCGGUUUCCCGCCGUUUGAUGCGAAUGAUCCUAUGGCGGCGAUGUUGACCAUGCAGGGCAUGCAGGGCAUGGGAUUCCCAUCAAUGCCCGGCAUGCCGACGAUGCCUGGAUUGCCCGGACCCGGUCAGCCUGGCGCUGAACAAAUGGCCAACCAAAUUUGCCCAGCCUACGAGACUGCAGGUAUCUGCUACAUGGGAUCCGCUUGUCCUUAUAAGCACGGCAAUGGCGAUACUCUGAUGGAUGAAGUGGCAGCAGAAUAUGAUCCGAGAUCAGUGAACAUGAUGCCCGAUGCGCCCAAAGAGGCCGGCUUCCCGCGUGGCAAUGAGCGCGGUCGUGGCCGCGGUCGCGGUGGUUUCAGCGGGCGAGGGCGAGGCCGGUCCGAUUUCUCGUCUGCAGGACCAAACGAGGAUCGGUCGAUCACCACAAUCGUUGUGGAACAAAUCCCUGACGAAAAGUUUUCGGAAGAAGCUGUGCGUGAGUUUUUCUCUCAAUUUGGUAACAUCGCCGAGGUGUCCCUUCAAGCGCACAAGAAGCUGGCUCUAGUCAAGUUUGAAACCUUCGCCGAGGCUAAGCAGGCCUGGUCUAGCCCCAAGGUAAUCUUUGACAACCGUUUCGUGAAGGUCUACUGGCACAAGCCGAAGCGGGAUGAAAAGAAUGGCGACCGUAAACCUGAGGAGCCCGCAUUCAACCAGGAAGAGUUUGAGAAACAACAGCAGGAGGCGCAAAAGGCUCAUGAAGAGAGGAUGAAAAAGCGACAGGAGGCCGAGGAGGCUAAGCAGGCUCUCGAGCGCCAGCGUGAUGAGCUCAUGAAACGGCAGCAGGAGGAAAAGGCUCGCCUCCUGCAACGCCUGGGAGGCGCUCAAAAUCAAGGUCCUGAGACUGGAGAUGCAGCAUCGGGAACGCCUGCAGACGACAAUGUCAGCGACGAGACCAAGAAACUGCGCGCACAGCUGGCUGCCCUCGAGGCCGAGGCAAAGACCCUGGGUCUUGACCCUGCUAACGCCGACUCGGGCCGUGGCGGCUACCGUGGCCGAGGUGGCUUCCGUGGCCGAGGCGGAUACCGUGGCCGUGGGGGUUACGACCCUUCAUUCCGGGGCGGAUAUCGUGGCCGAGGUGGAUUUGCUCCUCGUGGCCGCGGAGGUGUUUUGCGCUUGGACAACCGACCUCGACGAGUUGCUGUAUCCGGUGUGCAACUCAAUUCGGACAAGGACGAAGCGCUCCGACAGCAUUUGAUGAAUGUUGGCGAAUACGAAUCCAUUGAGGCGAACCCGAGUCAGCCAACCUCCGUUGUCGUGGCAUUUAAGGAACGAUACCAGGCUGAGAAGUUCAUGUUCAGCCCUUGGUCUCUUACUUCUUCGGGCGAUGUCAAGCUUUCGUGGAUUCCCAAUCCACCCAUUAGCGUCUCGUCAGCUGCAUCCGCUCUGCAGACCGAGGUGCAGAACGGCGCCGGUGAUCAGGAUCAUGACAUGAUGGUGGACUCGACCCCGGUCGUGAGUGCUCCGCCCGCACAAAAGGAGAAUCAGGACAUGGAUUACGAUGUUGCGGAGGAUGAGGCGUGGUGA